CGGCAGGAGUGUGACCCGACGAACCUGAAACAUGCGUCAAUCCCGAAAAAACAACUUCACCAGAUAUCGGAUUAUUGUCAUUUUAAACCAUAAUUUAUGCUUCAAAUCACUAGUGCUGUAAAUUAAAUGCAUACUAAAUCGGAGAAUCCAGCAGGGACGCAUGUGCUUGUGUGGUGGAGCCCUGUAUAAUCCUGCACCUCUCGAUGGAUUAACUAUAAAGAAAAGCUGAAUCAAAUCAUUCUACUCAAGGAAGGUCGAGGCACCGGUCAAACAUGCCCCUUCCGUUCGGAUUAAAACUCAAGAGAACCAGAAGAUACACGGUCUCCAGCAAGAGCUGCCUGGUGACCCGCAUACAGCUGCUGAACGGUGAAUAUGUGGAGUUUACACUGUCGGUGGAGAGUACGGGCCAGGAAUGCCUGGAAGCAGUUGCUCAGCGACUCGAGUUACGAGAGAUAACAUAUUUCAGUCUCUGGUACUACAACAAACAAAACCAGCCAAGAUGGGUUGAUUUGGAGAAGCCGCUGAAGAAGCAGCUCGACAAGUAUGGACUGGAGCCGACCGUUUACUUUGGAGUGGUGUUCUAUGUGUCGUCUGUUACCCAGUUACAACAAGAGAUAACCAGAUAUCAGUAUUAUCUCCAGCUGAAGAAAGAUGUUCUGGAGGGGAAGAUUCCUUGCUCAAUCGAACAGGCCAUCCAUCUGGCCAGUUUGGCAGUGCAAGCUGACCUCGGAGACUUCAAUCGAUAUGAUUCACAUGAUUUUCUUCAAAAAAUUGUGCUUUUCCCAAUGCCCUGGAUUCAAGAUGAGAGGGUUGUGGAGGAGGCCACGCAGAAGGUCUCCAUGCUCUAUCAGAACUACCGAGGUCUGUCCGCACCUGAGGCCGAGUUACUAUACAUGCAGGAGGUGGAGAAGAUGGAGGGUUAUGGUGAGGAGAGCGUUCAGGCAAAGGACAGCCAAAGCACAGAUGUGAUUAUCGGCUCCUGUCUGGAUGGAAUAUUUGUCAAACACAAAAAUGGGAAAGCACCUCUUGUGUUUCGGUGGAAUGACAUUAACAAUAUGACUAAUAAUAAGUCGUUCUUCGCCCUGGAGCUCACCAACAAAGAGGACACUAUCCAGUUCCAGACCGAGGACAUGGAGACGUCCAAGUACGUGUGCAGAAUGUGGCUGGCGCGGCACAAGUUUUACAAAGUUAACAACAGCAGUCUAGAGCCGUCCGAUGGCCCUGAUUCCUCUGGCAGUCCCCAGAGGUCCAUUCUCACUCUCUCAUUUCCUCGUUUGCCGACGCUCUUGCGCUCCUCUGUGCCUGCUGAUAAAGGACAAACUCAGCCAGCGCCAGUGAACCCAGUGAGGCGACGGUCUUCCACAAGAAUGUCUCUGCCAAAACCUCAACCCUACAUGAUGCCACCUCAGAUGCACUUUAAUGGCCAUUAUACAGAACCGUACACGUCUUCACAAGAUAACCUUUACAUCAACAAUCAGAAUGGGUUCUACUACCAUUCCCAGACCAGUCUUGACCGCACCCCUCAUGAGUAUAAUGGAAGAAUCCGCAACGGCAGCGUCUACAGUGCGCAAAGCACCAGCUCUCUUAACAACCCGCAGCACUACCUGCAACCAUCGCCCAUGUCCUCCAACCCCAGCAUAACAGGAAGUGAUCUCAUGCGCCCUGACUAUGUGCCUUCUCACCGACACAGCGCCCUAAUUCCACCAUCCUACCGCGCCACACCCGACUACGAGACUGUUAUGAGGCAGAAAAAUCACAGUAUGGUACCACCCACGGAACGCCAGAGCCACUCCAUGAGGAACUUAAACAUCGGCAACUCUUACGCGUACAGCCGACCCGAUCCACUCGUAUACAGCCAACCGGAGAUUCGCGAGCACGGCUCCGGUCAAUACCCGUUUCACCUCAAUUACAGCUUCCACAGUCCCUCUCCGUACCCGUACCCCACCGAGCGAAGACCCGUAGUGGGCGCCGUUAGUGUCCCCGAACUCACAAACGUCCAGCUCCAGCAGGCCCAGGAGUACCCGCCGCCCAACAUCAUAAGGAAUCAAGUUUACUGGCCCCCACCCCAGUAUCCGUACCCUCAUCCUCGACCAGCCAAUAGCACGCCUGACCUGUCGCGUCACCUCUACGUCAGCAGCAGUAACCCGGAUCUCAUAACGCGGCGCAUCCAUCACUCAGUCCAAACCUUCCAGGAAGACAGUCUGCCCGUGGCGCACUCGCUACAGGAAGUGAGCGAGCCUCUCAUUACGACACGCCAGCCGCACGUGCACAAGCGGAACUCUAUCGAGAUUGCUGGGCUUGCGUACGGGCUAGAAAACAUGAGGGUGAACGACAGAAAGGAAACACCUAAGAAACUGCCCGCGCCGUCCAGCGCCGACAUCAACGCCGUCCUAGAGGUUACGAAAGCCGAGGAUGCAGCCAUUAAAGAGGACAUGUGCUACGGCCACAAAAAGUCUCUGUCCGAUGCCACGAUGUUGGUGCACAGCAGCGGUGAGGAAGAGGAGUUUGAAGACGACAGCGGCCGACACACGCCCCAGUCUCAAGAUGCGGUGGGCGGACCCGAGCAUCACCUGACGCCGCUGGGGCGGCCCCUCGCAGAUCCGCCCGCUUAUCCGUUUAGCCACAGCAUGGAAACCGUCCUGACGAACACUCUCGCGUACCAAGCCCACCCGCUCAUCCGCAAGCAAGAUGAGUUGGGUCAGUUACCGCCUCUUCGAGAGCCCGGACACAUGGUGCCCUCAGUGUCGGAGGGAGAUCUGAGUGGGCAUGGACGGAAGCACAGGAGAGACGUCCAGAGAGACGUGCUUAAGAGACCUGCCUCUGAUGUGCCCACCGCGCGGAGGAAUAUCGAUGGACUUCCACCAGCAGGUAUGAAAAAGGGGCGCUCGGAGGUCAAGAAAAUGGGUCCACUGAAGCUUGCGGCACUUAAUGGACUGACUCUGUCCAGAAUGCCUCUGGCCGAUGAAGGAAAGGACGACCCGGAGAACGCUUCUAAUGACGAAAGAACCCUCAUAUCCUGUGUGCUCACUGUGCAGUGUAAAGUACUGGAACAGCGUGUGGAUCAGGGGAUGGUCUUCACGGAGUACGAGCAGGUGGCCAAAAGACGGCCCAACUGUGAGUGCACGAUCGCUCAGAUGCCCGAGAACGGCGACAGGAACCGCUUUCAAGACGUCCUGCCCUAUGAUGACACACGUGUGGAGCUGGUGCCCACCAAAGAGAACAACACUGGUUACAUCAACGCCUCGCACAUCAGGGUUACGGUAAGCGGUAAGGAAUGGACUUAUAUCGCGUCUCAGGGUCCCCUCACCAACACCUGCCAAGACUUCUGGCAGAUGGUUUGGGAACAAGGAGUUGCCAUCAUCGCCAUGGUUACCGCGGAAGAGGAGGGGGGUCGCGAGAAGAGUUUUCGCUAUUGGCCUCGUUUGGGCUCCCGCCACAACACCGUUACAUACGGACGGUUUAAGAUAACCACGCGCUUCCGUACGGAUUCCGGUUGUUACGCCACGACGGGACUGAAGAUCAAACAUCUUCUAACGGGGCAAGAGCGAACCGUCUGGCAUCUACAGUACACGGACUGGCCCGACCACAGCUGCCCAGAAGACUUUAAAGGGUUCCUCUCAUACUUGGAGGAGAUCCAGUCGGUGCGGCGACACACAAACAGCUCGAGCGAUCCAAAGAACACAAACCUGCCGGUUCUGGUGCACUGCAGUGCUGGGGUGGGCCGCACGGGUGUGGUCAUUCUCUCUGAAAUCAUGAUCGCGUGUCUGGAACAUAAUGAGAUGCUGGACGUCCCGACUGUUCUGAAGUUACUGCGACAGCAGCGUAUGAUGAUGGUACAGACGCUUUCACAGUACACCUUCAUUUACAAAGUCCUCAUUCAGUUCCUGAAGAACUCCAGACUGAUCUGAGUCCAGCGCUGGCACGGAG